UUUUACCCCCUCCUCCGGAAAACUUCACUCACAACGUCAUCGUACUUGAAAUCUUUCACCCUUCUCUUUCCUUUUUACCCUACUUUUCAUCAUCCAACGAAUCCCAUACAUACCCUUAAUCCUAUACCACAUCAAUAUCAGGGUCUUCCUCUUGACCCAUUUGACCAAUAUCAUACGAAUAAAAAAGCCAAUGGUUAUGAAUCUGGAGAAGAUCAGCGAUAUCGACAUUUUAAACAGAAAAUACAGAUGAUCAAGGGACCGGAAAAUCCCAUUUGUUGGUAAUUUAUCUUAUUGUUCUACAAUCCUACAAUACUACCCUAUACACCUACCCAUACCUACAUACAUAGCUACCCACCUACCUACCUUGCUCCUCUUGGUACACUUACGUUGUCAAGUUACUCGAAAAAUAUCAUAAUUAAUUUCAAUUCAGCAACAAACAUCAAGAUAUUUCUUGAAACAACCAUCAAUUUAAUAGCCGGGGCAUUUCUUCACUACUUACUUACCCACCCGUCUACCGUCUACCUUCAUACCUUCAUACCUCCAUACCUCCAUACCUCCAUACCUACUACUAUCAGAAUACUUCUUCUAUUCUCUUAUCAAUAAAACCUCAAGAUCCUCAAUUCGACAACAAUCCUUCCUAUCACCGGUGUAUCUACCUACCCCCCUACCUAUCUACCCACCUAUUACGGCCUACCGACUACUUACUACCUUUAUCAAAGAUCAUCCCCCCUCAUUAUAAAUCAAAACUCCCCAGGAGGAAUCCAAAGCCCUCAGCUGUCUAAUCCAUCCUAUUAUAAACCGGACACCCGUUCUCAACCAGCGGACCCGAAAUAUUUGGGAAGAAAAGCAGAAAAGUCAGACAAUAAUGGGAAGAAAAUAAAAAAAAAGGCUGCAUCUAAGCUUCCAUCGAACCCAGUCAAUAGCUUCAUACCCUCCGAAAUUGCCCCAGAUCUCCUACCCCACCCAGUCUUCACACGAAAGUCGGAAAUCAUUUCGCGGACUGGCAGACGGCGUAUGUGUGGCUCAACAACUUCUUAUUUUAUCACCCAAGGCUAAAGAGGCAAACUAAAGAUCACAAGAACCAAAGAGAGUUGAGCCGGAAGGGAUCUUCGAAAACCUAAGAGCUAUUUGGUCUAGGUCUAUCUUAUAGCUUAUGCUCUAGACCGAAGCUUCCCCCUCUCCAUCGAUUUCUCUCGACCCAACACGAUAAUUCCUGAAUCAUAACUUACAAGCACGAUAACUACAAGGUCACUAAGGAUUUCAUCGUAUUUGGAAUUUACUACAUCGAGGUGAGUUGUGCAAUUCCCAUGAUUGCUUCAAUUGAUAUAUGCUCCCACCCAAGAGAGGAUUUAAUCAAUCGAUGCAUUGUUCCACCCAGAGAAGAUUCAAUCAGUCGGUACAUUCUUUCAACCAAGAGAGAAACUCAUCAUUUCAUUUCCUCACUAACAUCAGUCGGUACAUUCUUUCAACCAAGAGAGAAACUCAUCAUUUCAUUUCCUCACUAACUCUCUCUACCCUAGAACAUCAAUCAGAACUUACUCCAUCCCUACCCCGCACAACAUACGAUCUCCGAAUGCAAACACAAUUUCCUACCAAAAUCAUGGCAGAUAAUCCUCAAUUAGAUUCGAUGGUUCCUCCGUGCGAUGCAAUCGAUUUCGCUACCAAAGAUACUCUUCCUUUGGAUGAAAAACUUACGGAUGGUCAAUCAAAUGAAGCUCCCACAUCACCGUCCUCCUCAAAACCUCCUUCUCUACCAUCUCUUCGAGCCGUACCAGAUUCUGAAGGGUUAUCGACCAUGACAGCAUCUUCUACCCCACUUGGGAUGUUGGCAAAUGCUAGACGGCCAAGACCUGGUCCAUCGAUACCAGGGUCUAGAUCUUCACAAGCAGGAAGACAAGCUGGUGGUGCAUUACCUCCUUCUAUGGCAGAAAAAAUGAAAGCAUUCCACUCAUCAAGACAAGGCACACCAAGUCCACGGCCCCAAAUGUCUACUACAGUCUCAGCACCUGGGAUACCAGGUUCGCCUGUUGUAGAUGGUUUGCCUGGAAAAUUACAGUUACCGCCGAAUAUGCGACCUUCACCACAAUCCUUUGUUUCUGCUCCGGCAGUUCCGAAGAUGAAGAUGGGUGGUGGAUUAAGUGCAAGAAGAGGAAUGAAAUUACCGGGUGGUUUACCUCCGGCCCCAGCUGCCGCACCAGGUUCGGAGUCAAAUGGUGCACCAGAUACUUCGAAUGGAGGUUCUAUGUUUAACCAAUUUGCAAAAUAUGUCGAUACAAAAAAUGGCACAUUAAAAUUUGCUGGGAAAGCAGUUAUCCAUGGAAAUGGUAUUGACUUUGCGAAUGGAACCAAUUUCAAUAUAUCAUUGGAUGAGGUUGACACGCUGGAAGAACUGGGUAAAGGUAACUACGGGACCGUUUACAAAGUUCGACAUGCAAGACCACGAAUGCGCAAACCAGGGUUGGGUCUGGCGGGAAAUAAAUCUCCCUCUGCAAUGGAUAUCGAUGAUAGUGAAGUCAAACCAACAGGGGAUACCACCGGCGUGGUAAUGGCAAUGAAGGAACUUCGUCUAGAACUUGAUGAAGCCAAAUUCGCCGCCAUUAUCAUGGAAUUGGAUAUUCUUCAUAGAUGUCUCAGUCCAUACAUUAUCGACUUUUACGGAGCAUUUUUCCAGGAAGGUGCAGUUUAUAUCUGUAUAGAAUUUAUGGAUGGUGGAUCGAUCGAUAAACUCUAUGGAGAUGGUAUUCCCGAAAACGUCCUCAGAAAAAUCACAUAUGCCACCACUCAAGGUUUAAAGACUCUUAAAGAUGAACAUAACAUCAUUCAUCGGGAUGUUAAACCAACGAAUAUCCUUGUAAAUACCAAAGGACAGGUCAAAAUUUGUGACUUUGGAGUGUCCGGAAAUUUGGUUGCUAGUAUUGCGAAAACGAAUAUUGGAUGUCAAUCAUAUAUGGCACCAGAAAGAAUUUCUGGUGGUGGAAUCUCACAAGCUGGUGCAAAUCCUGGGGGUGGAACGUAUAGUGUACAAAGUGAUAUUUGGUCUUUGGGAUUAAGUGUUAUUGAAUGCGCAAUGGGAAGAUACCCAUAUCCACCUGAGACGUACAACAAUAUCUUCUCACAGCUAAGUGUAGGUCUUGAUUUUUAACUCGUCAUUUUGGGAAUCGAAAGCUAACAUGGAUAAGGCUAUUGUUGACGGUGACCCACCCGACCUUCCAGAAGAAGGUUUUACCCCAGUCGCCCGCAAUUUCGUUCGUGGUUGUCUUAACAAAAUUCCGAAACUGCGUCCUACAUAUAGUGAUUUACUUCAACAUCCAUGGCUCGCGGACCUCUCGAAACCAAGCACGAUUUCGGAAGAGGAUGAAGAUGAAGAGGAUGUUGACAUGGAAAGCUUGAACCUAGAGGAUGGAGUAGAACAGGAUAAAUCAAAUGGAAUCCUGACAGGAACAGAAGAUUCAGAAGUUGCAGAGUGGGUGAAGAAUGCCAUUGAGAGGAAAAAGCAGGGUUUGAUGGGUACGCAUGCUCAACCGGCAUUACAUAAGGCCCCGUUGGAUACGGUUAGUCCAUUACCGAGUCCUAGUUAAGAGAUAGCGGAAGGACUUUUGUGGAAGUAGGAAGGCGGGAAAGGAUGGAAUGAUCUGGCAUGGAAUGGAGUUUGGGAUGUCAUUGCAAUUACGAUUGCCAUUGCGAUUACGUUUGAAAUUUGCAAUUUUUGAAAAGGCAAAGAUGGCGGCAGGCUCAGCCCAAUUGUACAUUUGAAAUCCUUUUCUUUUUCUUCUCUUUUUGAUUCUUCUCUCCUACGAAACAAAUGUUGAAAUUUACUAUUUCUUUCUUUUCUUACAAGGCAUAGCGUGAGGGGCAUGGGGGAUUAUAAGCUUGAGGCAACGAAUUAUAACAUUAUUGAGAGAAAUGAUAGGAAGAUAUAAAAUCAAAUAAAAGAUAAAUGAUUAAGAACGAGAAAGUAUUAUAUUUCAAAUGAAUAAAACCGAAUAGAAAUUGAACAG